CCCAGCCACACCACGCCAAGGAAAAGGAGAGAGGAGGACCAUCCAUCCAUGGUGGCGCGCGCGCCUCACGCGGCGCGAGUAGACGGAUGUGCUGUGGCCUGUUGGAGCAGCAACAAAACAAGGGGAGAAGCCCUGUCCGUGGGGAUCAUCACCAUCGGUUUCGUGGCUUGGCAGCCACCGCCACCGCCCUCUUCCCCAUUCUUUUAUCUUCUCCGAGGCGAGAGAGAGAGAGAGAGAGAGAGAAUCUAGUGUCCAUCUCACAUCGCCACACGCAGCGCCUGGGAGCUGCCAGGGAAGGAAGAGAAGAGAGACAGGAGACAGGAUGCCCCACGGCCGCUUCUCGGGGUCGCUCAGCUCGCCCAAGAUCGACGUCGUCAUCGACAUGGGCAACCCGUUCCUCAACCGCACCGUCGACGGCUUCCUCAAGAUCGGCGCGGUCGGCGCUUGCAAGGUGGCCGCCGAGGAGACCUUCGAGUGCCUCCACAGAGGGGAUGUUUCAAAGCACAAGCUUGAGCAUGCGCUGAAGAAAAUGUGCAAGGAGGGUGCAUACUGGGGUACUGUUGCUGGAGUUUAUGUGGGUAUGGUGUAUGGAGUGGAAAGGGUCCGUGGUCGCAGUGACUGGAAGAAUGCGAUGAUCGGAGGCGCCUUGUCUGGUGCCCUGAUCUCUGGUGCCACCAACAACCACAAAGACAAGAUCAUCAAGGAUGCCAUCACUGCUGGCGCGGUUGCAACAGCCGUUGAGUUCAUCAACUGCCUUACCUAGUCAUGCAGCUGCGUUUGCAGUGCUAUUGUAGUACAUUAAGAAUAAGGACUUCUUCAGUGAAGCCAUGUUCAGUUCAAUAAACCUCCAUCUUCAGUAUUCGUUUCUGUUUGGCACUUCUGCUCCGUGUGAAUUCGCUGAGCAACCGUUUUUUUGUUA